AUGGCCAAGUCGAAUGAUCUGAAAAUCUUCCUGGAGUCUUCUCUGAAUGAGAUCUUUAAAGCGACAGUGAGCGACAUCCUGGACUCAGUGGACCGGACCCUGUCUGAGUACCAGGGCACAAUACAGAGGAUCGAGUUUGAGAACGAGGGCCUGAAGCGGCUGCUGUUCGCACAGAAGAGCUCGGAGUCUGCUACCAGAGAUAUUUGUGAACAAGAUGUCAGUGAAAAGUUUUCGACUUCUGAACGGAACAAUCAUCCCAUCAACUCCACCCAGGGCAUGUUCAAGAUGUCCAUAUGCAGCAGUGACAAGAAGAGCUUCAGGAGGAAGCACAAAGACAAGAUGAGGGAGAGCAUAUCCUCUGCCUCCUUUUUACUGCAGACUGAUCAUUUGUUAGAAAGACCAUGUGUGAACACAGCAGAGGUAGGUAUCUCCACCCAAAACUUGAUAUCAGUAAAAACAGAGCCUGACCUGGAUGAAGGCAGUGCUAUUGACCUCUCCCAGCCUUCAUCCCUUCUCAAUCUGACAAUGAGGCCAAUAAAAAACGAGAGCAUGGAGGUUAGUUUUGACAGUCAUGAUGCAUAUGCACCUCUGCCGCCAUCUGCAGGUCUCGAGCAAGACUCCAGAGGCAGUGACAGUGAAGUUAAAGUCACCAUUGUUUCUGACACUUACAUGCAGGAUGGACAGUUCAUUAAGACAGAGGAAGAGGAGCAGAAUGGGGUGUUGCAGUAUGGUGACAAUGACUGUUUCUCUAAGCAAGAGUUGAACCAUGCGUUGAGAUAUUACCCUGAAUCAGAAUUAGAUCCAGAGGGAGCGAGCAGACAGGUUGCGGAGCCAGAAGUAGUGACGCAUGAAGAAAACAAUUCACCCGCUGUUCCCGCAGAUGAGUUUUUGGAGAUCCGUGACAACUUUUUGCGCUGUCCCAUCUGUCCCAAAACAUUUAGUCGAGCAGCCUCGCUCAACGUCCACAUCAAGACUCACAGCGGUGAGAAGGCCCACAGCUGCAACUAUUGUGGUAAACGCUUCGGCCGGGCCGAUCUCCUCAAAUCUCACAAGCGCACCCACACAGGAGAAAGACCUUAUAGCUGCAACAUCUGCAGUAAAACAUACGCCCAUCCCAGUCAGCUCAGGAUACACAAACGCGUCCACACUGGAGAGAAGCCGUAUUCCUGCUCGCACUGCGGGAAGCGCUUCAAUGAGCACAACCAGCUCAAAGUCCAUUUGCGGACUCACACCGGGGAGAGGCCUUACAGCUGCCAGGAGUGCGGCAAAACUUUCAGCAACGCAGGCAACCUGCGUAUACAUGAGAGGAUCCACACUGGUGAGAAGCCGUACUGCUGCGCUCAGUGUGGGAAAAGGUUCAACGGCUUGGGUGACCUCAAAACACAUUACAGGAUUCACACUGGAGAGAGGCCCUACAGCUGUGAGCUGUGUAAGAAGACCUUCAGCCAGGCGGGCCACCUCACCAUACACAUGCGGAUGCACACAGGAGAAAGACCGUACAGCUGCAAUGAGUGCGGCAAGAAGUUUACGGUGGCCAGCAGCCUCAAACUGCACCAGAGGACUCACACAGGAGAGAAGGAGUACAGCUGCUCGUACUGCAGCAAGAGCUUCAGCAGGUCGGGUCACCUGAAGAGACACGAACUGGUCCACACCAAAGAGAAGGUCUUCCUUUGCAGCCACUGUGGAAAGACCUACACAGACCAGUCCUCCCUUAAAAAACACCUGAAGAUGCACGCAGCCAAGGAGCAGAAGGCUCAGAGCGAGGGAAGCACCAGCGAGGCUGAAACAAACCCACCCCGACCUUCAGCUUCUGAGACACUUUCAGACACUGAUCGAAACUACAACCAAAUUCUUGGCGAUGAGUAAUAUAAAAACUGAGAAUGAGUGCUGUAUGUGAUUUUACGCUAUAAUCUUCAAGGUCCACUUACUAGCCUUUUCAGAGUUUUGAAACACAUCUUACAGCCUGCAUCAGCAGAGUAUUACAAACUGCUGUGCAGUGCAGCCUUUAAACGCUUUAAUCUGUUACUCAGAGCUGGACUUCCUGUUUUAACACAGGGCUGUUGUCAGCCUGAAUCGCCACUAAGGUUGGGUGUUGUGGUUGAAAGCUCCAGAAAAAGUUAGUAAAUGGACAUUGAGUUAACAUUAUGUUGUUCCCAAGGUCAAGAAUGAAGUUUGACGCUCAAAACUCUAUGUGAUGUUUGUGGUACAGUGCAAUACACUGUUGUCUAAUCUUUGCUGUGAUUUAGUAGGUCCAAAUAUUUACCAAUGCCGUAUGAGUAAUUAUUUUAUUUCGAUUGAUAAACUCUAAUAUUCCUCUUAUAGUCUUCUCUCUCACAACACAGUGUAAAGAGUUACAGACUGAAAAUGUAACCCGAAAAGAACAGUUUUAAACUUGCUGUAAGUUACCACAAUGUCAGUGGUAUGUUAUAUUGAAUGAAAUGUCUGUCAGAUUGAAAGGAUGGUUUCAACCACCCUGCUGAAGCAAGACACUGAAUCCACUGGUCUUGGCCUUUGACCUCCCUGUGGAGAAAAUGAAAGUUUCCCACAGGGGUCAGUAGAAAAUAACAAUAUUAUUGUUUUAGAAUUAAGAUGCUUCUAAACACAUUUACACACUUUGUAGUAGCCAGAGGGUUAGACAUGUGUGCUGCAACACUGAUUUAGGGUGAAGAUCAUUAAUAUAUUGCUGUAUAUAGCUUUAACUAUACAGUCAGCAGUCUGAUCCGUUGAACUGACAAGAAUGUAUUUGUGUAAUAAUGUUACCGAAAAUAAUGUUAAAAAUAUUCAGUAUCGAUUGACCAGCUUUCAAUAGUAAAUUAAUAAUCGUUUUGUAAGCCAUGCUGAUCAAAGAAUGUCGAGCUUCUAGAGGAUUUGUUUUAGGCUGUUCACUGUUCUACCAGGAAACAGGUCUCUUACCAUGAAUUAUGUACAGCCCACAGGAGUAAAAUGCCUUGUUUGUGAUGAUAGGGCUACUGUUUGUUGUGGCAACUGGUUGAUAUACCUGCACAGAAAUGUACUGUAUAUUAAACUUGAGUGUUUGCUACUAGGAAUUUAUUGUGAGUUACUUUUGUGCGAUCUGUGUCUAAAUUAAAGAGAAAACUUAACCAAGA